CCGGCGCAGGCGGAGCCUGUCGGGGCUGCACCACUGAUGUAACGUUCAUUUCCUUUCAGAGCGGGGUCACUCACAUGAGCCAGGAAUCCGUAUUUUGCCCGGUUUACUGAGCUCUAAUUAACUGCGCAGUGAAAUCUAUAAAGAAACUAUAAUGUUACGAACUCUGUGUCGGAGAAGCGGAGCCAUUUUACAGCAAACUCAGCGGUCGGCGCCGAGGCUCUGGGUCACGCCGGCUCAGCAGCGCUGGGCCUCCAGUCUGCCCAUGAACACGGUGGUUCUGUUUGUGCCCCAGCAGGAAGCCUGGGUGGUGGAGAGGAUGGGUCGCUACCACCGGAUCUUAGAGCCCGGUUUAAACUUCCUCAUCCCGCUUCUGGACAGAGUUCGCUACGUUCAGAGCCUGAAGGAGAUUGUGAUUGACGUCCCAGAGCAGUCGGCUGUAUCUCUAGAUAAUGUGACGCUCCAGAUUGAUGGGGUGCUCUACUUAAGGAUUCUAGACCCUUUUAAGGCCAGCUACGGAGUGGAGGAUCCGGAGUACGCAGUCACACAGUUGGCCCAGACCACCAUGCGUUCUGAGUUGGGCAAACUCACUCUGGACAAGGUUUUCCGGGAAAGGGAGUCCCUGAACUCCAACAUCGUCCACUCCAUCAACCAGGCCUCGGAUGAGUGGGGGAUCCGCUGCCUGCGAUAUGAAAUCAAAGACAUACACGUCCCGCCUCGGGUCAAAGAAUCCAUGCAGAUGCAGGUGGAAGCUGAGCGUAAAAAGAGAGCCACAGUCCUGGAGUCAGAAGGGAUGAGAGAGGCCGCCAUCAAUGUGGCCGAAGGUCGGAAACAGGCUCAGAUUCUGGCGUCAGAGGGAGAAAAGGCGGAGCAGAUCAACCAAGCAGCUGGUGAAGCUCAAGCAGUCUUAGCCAAAGCUGAGGCCAAAGCUAAGGCCAUCCGUCUGCUGUCUGCUGCUCUGGCUGAGAACAAUGGAAACGCAGCAGCGUCCCUUAGUGUGGCUGAACAGUACGUCUCUGCAUUCUCCAACCUGGCAAAGCAGACCAACACCGUCCUUCUGCCCUCGAACACCGGUGACAUCUCAGGAAUGGUCACACAGGCCAUGACCAUUUACAGCACACUGGCCAAGACUGCUUCACCAUCAUCAGCAGCGCCGCCGCCGCCGGAGAAGAAGGAUGAUCUUCCAGACUAUUUGGCGUCCCCUGAAGAGCAGAGGACUCAGUGAAUGAACUCAGGAUGUGAAAUGAAGCAGGAAAUGAUGAAGCGGUCGAGGCUCUGUUGGCCGAGCGGUUCACUCAAACCUUCUCCUGGCUGGACUCAAAGGAGAACGUGCAGACUGUGCGAAGUCGUCCGUCUUUCCCUCGGAGUACGAAAGAAAAUCGCAUCUGUUAGAGGAUCCUCACCGACUGUCUAAGUGAACACAUCAGCCUGCAGGCCAGAUUUCUGCAGCACUGACCGAAAUGUUGGCCCAUCUGGAAAUGAAAUAAAGCUACUUUUACUUUGUACAACCUCCUUUAAAACUAUUGGCACCCUUAAUAAAGAUCAUUAAAACCCUUUGAACUUAUAUAUUUUACCCUUUUUUGCAGUAAGAUCAUCUUGGCUCAAUAACCAUGAGCUUAAAUUACAUUUUAUUUUCUGUCAUCCUUACUGUUGUGGUGGGAAAAUAAACUUUAUUC